AUGAGAGUUCUUUCUACCGUUCUGCUUCUAUCAAUUUCUGCAGUUUCAUCCCGCGGAGUUGAAACCGUACAUGACCUUCCGAUUCAAGCUGUCUCAGUUGCCGGAAGAUUAUUUUGUGGUGAUGAGCCGUUAGUGAAUGUUCCAGUCAAACUUAUUGAUAGAGACCAUGGAAGAGACCGAGACGACCUAUUGGAUGAAAAGAAAACAGACGACGAAGGUAAAUUCCAUGUCACUGGAGGAACCUAUGAGAGAGGAACAAUUGAGCCAGCACUCAAAAUCUACCAUGACUGUAAUGAUGAGAAUGUGAAAUGCCAAAAACGUCUGUUUUGGCAUAUCCCACAGAAAUAUGUGAGCACCGAUUUGCAUCAAAUCCCAGUUUUCAACCUUGGUUCUAUCAACUUGGAGUUGGGAUUUGGAAAUGAGAAGCGAGACUGCAGACACUGA